AUGCAAGCCUUCGGAGUUCUGGAGCGUGAUGUUCUGACCGCUGGCCCCUGUGUGACGAAAAAGCAGAACCCGCACAAAUUCCACCAUGUUUCUUCAGCCACCCAAAUUAUGUUUCUGAGCCUAUUGAGAGUGUGCUGGGCCCAAAUACCCGACAGUGACGUCGGAAAUUACCCAAGCGGUGUUCUGACGUUGAUAGGUGCCAGUUGGCUCUUCUUCAGGAACAGCACUUCUACCUUGUAUGGCAUGGUACCUCAAUACUGGCUGCUACCAGGUCUUCAGACAGCGCGGAAACAGCAUCGGGAUGACCUCAAAAAUGUGAGAUGCUGCGAAAAGAACUGCUACAAUGGUGUUUCCGCCGAUAUAAUCGACCAAGCUGAGAGGCUUCGAAGGAAAUUCACGGACCGGGGCGUUAACCUUGAGGAUGCAAGCAAGCAGAUUGUAGCUUCGGGGUCUUGGAGCUUUUCCACAUUGGCAGAAGCAAAGGGUCAGGACAAGCGGUGGAUCUCUGAUUUUGACUGCUGGGAGAGAGAUGUGAAUGCUGGGGCGCAGAGUUUCUGGACUUACGGUACCGUCGCAACUGUCGCGGAACUUCUGCGUAAAAGUGUCGUCGUAAAGACAGUCGACGCAAUCACCGUCAGAGUCGGAAGUCGACGGAGAACAAUGGACAUCACAAGUGUUGCGGGCCUCCUUACUCAUUCUGUUGCUGCAGCUGCAGCUCGAGAUGCUCAAGCAUGCGUCGUCUUCGAAGCCAUGCUCAUCUCGAUAUGGGCUGGCGUUGCUUCCAUCAAUCAUCAGCGACCGACGAUGGCCAAUAACGUUACUCCGCCACAAUGCGCCAACCCAGUUCUCGUUCCAGCCUCCACUCUUAAACUACGGUCGGUAACACCACCUCAAGGUGCCAACAUAGCAUAUGAGCCUAUCCAGACACAUGGAUUGUGGGUUUACAUCGUAUUAAUCACCGCCGCUCGAGUUACUAUCAGUGGCGCUACAGGUCUUGGUUCCUCGGGAAGUCUUUGGUUGGCUGUGUUUACUGGCUUGUACCUGACCAAUCCUUCUGCUGCUGGCUCCUUUGGCCGGGAGAAGUAUGAUGCUCGCGCGGACAGUGGACUAAUGAGCGGAGGUGGCUUCUAUAUGAACUUCAAUCGGGACACGAUGACCAUGCACGUCAAGCUCCAUGACAGACUAGAGAGUGUUUCUGUUGUUCUCUCGUUGAUGGUUGUCGUUAUUAUCAGGCUUUUCAAGUUGAGGUUGAGGUCUCUUCUUGGCUAUGGCACUUGGGUCCCUUCUGCCCCAUGGCAAAUGGUUCCGGGUAUCUUGCUGUCUACCUGGGCCAGUUUCGUUUAUUCCUCCGAGCUCACUGGAAACUUGGACAAGAAGAGACCGGAGUCCAAGGACAUAAUCGAGCAUGACGGCUUCAUACGGAGCAUUCCCCCCGGCGAGAAGUCUGAGAUGGGCAGCGUAUGGGGUUGCAGAGUUCCACAGCUGGCAUGUUGGAGUAUACCAAUUUGGAAUUGGCCAAGAUUAUUGUUCAUUGUCGACCAACCUACGGCAACGUCCUCGGAAUGGGAAAGCGCUGGGUGGGCCAAGUUGAUCCUGGUGCACGACAAUGCCCGGUGGAAGAGCGGCGAUACCGCAUCUCAAGAGGGAACUCGACUGGCGCUGAUAAAUUGA